AUGAAGACCUUCCUCAUCUUUACCCUCCUUGCCAUGGUGGUAACCAUUGCCACCGCCAAUGAGCAAUUUCAACAUAGUUGCCAAUAUCAACCAUUUCCUGACCAACAACAGCCAUUUCCUGGGCAACAACUUCCGUUUCCUGGGCAACAACAACUAAUUCCCGGGCAACAACAACCAUUUCCCGACCAACAACAGCAGAAAUUAAACCCAUGCAGGGAUUUCCUCCUACAACAGUGCAACCCAGUGACAAUGGUGACGUUCCUCCGGUCGUGGAUCUUGCAGCAGAGUAGUUGCCAAGUGAUGCGACAACAAUGUUGCCAACAGCUAGCGCAGAUCCAUGAGAAUUCCCGGUUACCUGCAAUCCAUGGUGUUGUGGAAGCAAUCUUCCUACAACAACAACAGAAGCAAGGUGCUUUCUUGCAACCUCAAAAGCUGCAUCAGAUUGUUCAAGGUUUAUUCCAUCCUCAACAACAAUGCGGUCAGGGUUCGUCCAUCCAGCAACAACAACAAUACAUUCUCAUUCAGGGUAUACUCCAGCCGCAACAGCUAGCUCAGUUAGAGGCAAUAAGGGCUUUAGCGCUAAAGACCCUACCGACAAUGUGCAAAGUGCAAGUCCCACCAUACUAUUAA